ACGUCACUUCCGCCUGGUGGCCUGAAAGUGCAGGCGGCCAUAUUACAUUAGCAAACAUAUUCACGCGCUAGCAGCGGUUUGUUUAUGCUGCGAAGUACGGCUGUAUUUUAACCAGACUCUCUCAGUUUAGCUCAAGCGGUAAGUUAGCGGGACGAUGAGCGGCGGCACGCCGUAUAUCGGCAGUAAGAUCAGUCUGAUCAGUAAAGCGGAGAUCCGUUAUGAAGGCAUUCUCUACACCAUCGACACAGAGAACUCCACCGUCGCGCUCGCCAAAGUGCGCUCCUUUGGCACCGAGGACCGCCCCACGGACCGUCCCAUCGCACCCAGGGAUGAGAUAUUUGAGUAUAUUAUAUUCAGAGGAAGUGACAUCAAAGACCUGACGGUGUGCGAACCUCCCAAACCAACAUGCUCUCUGCCUCAGGACCCCGCCAUUGUUCAGUCCUCUAUGGGAUCUUCCCCUGCCCUGCCAUCAUCCUUCCAGUCUGGGAAGUCAUACGGACUCUUCAACCGUCCACAGGUCACGCCAUACACCCAGUUCAACCCCAACCCGCUGGUCUCACCGCAGUUCGGCACUGUUGGAGUCGGUCACACCAGUCCGGCUGUGGACCCCCUGCGAAAGAGCCCCCCAGUGGAGCCUGCGUCCCCAUCAGCGCCUGCAGUCACCGCCGCUGCUCCCACAGCUGUGGGCCGCAAGAGCCCCGUCUCAACCCGCACAGCCUUCACCAACACACAGAAGCCUGUGGACCUCACCGAACACACCAGGGGCGCCGAUGUCCCGAAACCAAGCGUUCCCGAGUCCAGUCAGUCCAGAGGAGGAAACAGGGACGCUGCUAAACGGCUCGCAGCUGGUGGAGCUCCUCCUGUCCGACAGGGUCGUGGCGGAGGUCAUCGGGGUAGAGGACGCUUCCCUGUGCGCAGAGAAGGACCCAUGAAGUUUGAGAAAGACUUUGACUUUGAGAGCGCCAAUGCUCAGUUCAACAAAGACGAGAUUGACAAAGAGUUCCAGAGCAAACUCAAGCUCAAAGAUGAGAAGUCUGAUAAGGCUUUGAAUGGCGAGGAUAAAGGUGAUUCGGGAGUCGACACUCAGAACAGCGAAGGAAACGCUGACGAGGAAGAUCCUCUCGGACCAAACUGCUACUACGACAAAUCCAAGUCCUUCUUUGACAACAUCUCCUGUGACGACACAAGGAAGGCCGCCGAGAGGUCUGGAGGAUCCGGUUUUCCCCGAGAGAGGAGGCAGACCUGGGCGGAGGAGCGGAGGAUGAACGCAGAGACGUUUGGUCUGCCGCUGCGGCGGGGUCGCGGAGGGUUCAGAGGUCGCGGGGGCAUGGGCUUCAGAGGGGGCCGGGGCCGUGGAGCCGGACGGGGCUGGUUCGGAUCUCACCCUGGUGGAAGUGGCUUCAGAGGGUUAUUCAGAGGAAGUCAAGGAGGAAGAGAGUUCGCUGACUUUGAAUACAGGAAGGAUAAUAAAGUUGCUGUAUAGUGAUGAGAGAAAGCGGAUCCAGGAGACCUGAUUUGUGUGGGAACUGCGUUUCGGGUCACAUGUUUCGCUGAGAACAAGGAGAUAAUGUACGUGUUGUAAAAAAACUGCCACCAGCACUGCUUGAAACCUGGCUAUUAAUGAAACACCUACUCCAUUUCUUCCCGAGGAGUGGAACAAAUACUAUUUUUUUUAAUCGUUAAUUUGAGAAUAAUAUUUCCAGACGGUUUCAAAUAUAUUGAUUUCUGAAGGACUCUGCUGUUUUGUUGACCUUCAGUGCUUAUCCUAAAUUUGAUACCCUGCUGCUUACAGCUAACAGAUUAUCUAGAACAACAUAUUGUGUUCUUGAUCACUGAAUGAGCUUUAUUUUGGACUUGUUUUGCUUUAAAGUAUCUUACAGUGCAUUAAGAAAUAGACUGCCUGGAACACAAUUAUGCAUUGUAAUAUUUUUCUAAUGUAAUUUCAUUCUUCAGCCCCCAACAUCACUAUUCCUGAUCCUGUAGCAAGUAUGUUAUAUAUAAUCAAUCCCUUGUAGUUUCUAGGGAGAUUCCUCAUCAGGGCGAGCACUUCAAGAUGUGCCAGUAUUGAUAGAAUUAAAGGUAGUUUUAAAUAUAAUGGAGAAAAACACAGAAAUGCUGUUUUUGAGGGAACCAUUGAAAUGGCACAAUUUAAUAUGAGACUAUAAGGUCGACCAAGGCAAAGCAACUUUUUUUCUUUCUGUGUGUUUGAUUUAUAUUCGAUGAGGUCCACUUUGCAGUGUGUAGCAGAUGUUUACUGAUGAGUGAACGUCCAUCCUUACUAAGAACUAAUGCUACUCUGUGAAUCUACAGAACUCUAUGCUUCAGUUAGUUUGACGAUGAGCUUUUACCACUAAUUAUAAUCCAAUCAUUCAACAUUCAGCUUAUAUGACUGUCCUUCGCCUCAUAAAACAUCGAGUGUAACUGACGAGUCACACGGAGUGCUUCUGAUUAUUUAAGAGAUAUUAUUCGAUAGCAGUGCUUUCCACUGGAUGCUUUGUCUUAAAUCUGUUAAAAAGGCAGAAUGUUGUGAUGCUGUUUGGCUUUUCCUGCCUCUCCUCGUUUAGUUGCUGUGUUUUACGGUCACUGACUGCACUAGCAUGAUGUCAUAGUGUCAUGUGACCUGGCGUGCACAUUGUGAUGUCAUAUCCACACCUACGCAUCGCUCAUGUCACUUCAUUCGCAUUUUGUAACCGAAUCUGUUUUUGACCUCUGACAGCUAUGCGUUAUUCUCGCAAGGUUAUUUUGCUGUCUUUUUUUUUUUUUUUUUUAAUGGGUUUAUCACUGAAGUUGAAGGUUUGAUAUUUUUACUGGCCAGUUUUUGACUCAGAACUGAUUGUGUAGCGUAUGGCUUUUAAAUAUAUAUAGGUUUCUCUAUGUUUGCUAAAACUGUUGGGAUAUUUGGGUUAAGGUAAUGUUAAAAUAAACUCUUUUCAGAUUAUAGCAUUCAAGUCUGUAAAAUGCGAAACAUUCAGAGUUUUGGAUCUUGAGUUAAAUAUCCUCUUGCACUUUUCAAGCUCUUAAAUUCGGUGAAUAGAUGCUUUAUUUCAAUGAUACAUGACUGGAGUGAAUCUAUCUAAAGCAUAUGGAAAUGAUUUACUUAGGCCUUCAUAACGGGGCUUUUAAUUAUUAACUGCUCAACAUUAACAAAUAAAGUUAUUACCUUUAGGAACAACAAACAUCCAUGCUGUCCUAAAUUAUCUUUUUUUUUUCCAUAUAUUAUUAGGAAUGUUACUGUAAAAUAUAUUCCAAUAGAAUCUAUUCACUUAAUUGCGGAGUAUAAACGAGAAACUGCUGCAUGCAGGUCUGGUCACGAACCACCGAUCUUAGGCGAUGCUUGUGAGGCAAAUGCUGUUCUGGAAAUGUAUUGUGAUGAACACCAAAUCCUUUCAUCAGGGUCGACACGCUUUCCUUGUGAACCCCGGCAUGUAUCUGUUCACAACUACAUGUAAAGAGGUUUUUACUAGAUGCAAGAAUAAACUGUUUACUAUCUA